AUGAAACUACGAACUACAUCGGCGCGAUCCUUCCGACUCUUAUCCGCGAAUUCUAGACGUACAUGUGAAGGUUCAAGGAAUUGGAUAUGUAUAAAUCGCGGUGACUUCAGCAGAGAAAAUGGAAGAAGAUAUAUCUCGGCGAUCGCAUUGGGAUCAAGGAAAUCAGCAUUAAGCUUAGAUGCUGCUUCAUUAACACCAAGACAUUUACUGGCCUUUCCCGCAUCUUUCAUCGCAGGGCAGCGAAGGUCUUUGGCAACUGUUCAAAAUGGUACACAAUCGUUCUCGUCAACAGAAAACAUCGCUGCAGAAAAUCCGGACGACCUAGGACCUAUGAAGGAAUAUAAUGCGCGCGUUGCAUCGGGACAAUUGAGGGACGAUGAACACCAGAGAGGCAUUAUACAGAAUCUUCAACAUCUCCACGAUGAGUUGCGAUAUUACAAUGCGCCCGCGAUUAUUCACCCAACCCUCGAAUCCCUUCAACCUCCACCAACUGCCAUGUUUGGACGUAUAUUUGGAAACAAACCCAAGAAAUUGGCGUUGAAGGAAAUACCAGAGAACCUUCCUCGAGGACUUUAUUUAUAUGGAGAUGUAGGAAGUGGAAAGACUAUGUUGAUGGACAUGUUUUAUGAGACACUGCCAAGUAGUGUAGCAUCAAAAACGAGGAUCCAUUUCCAUAAUUUUAUGCAGGAUGUUCAUAAGAGGUUACACAAAAUGAAAAUGCAGUACGGAAAUGAUAUUGAUGCUGUACCUUUUGUGGCAGCGGAUAUUGCGGAAAAGGGAAACGUGCUGUGUUUUGAUGAAUUUCAAUGCACAGAUGUGGCGGAUGCUAUGAUCUUGAGAAGACUUUUGGAAUCUUUGAUGUCCCAUGGCGUCGUUCUUGUCACAACCUCCAAUCGUCAUCCAGAUGACCUCUACCGUAACGGUAUUCAAAGAGAAUCAUUCAUUCCUUGUAUCAAUCUCCUCAAGUCCCGUCUCCACGUAAUCAACCUCGACAGUCCCACAGAUUACCGAAAAAUUCCUCGUCCUCCUUCCGGCGUCUAUCAUUGUCCUCUAGACGCUCACGCGCCUACUCACGCGGAAAAAUGGUUCCGUUUCCUUGGUGAUCCUGAACAAUCUACUCCUCAUUCAGAAACCCAACAUGUCUGGGGUCGCGCAAUUCACGUUCCGAAAGUUAGUGGUAAGGCUGCUAUGUUCACAUUUGAUGAGUUGAUCGGAAAACCUACUAGCGCAGCUGAUUACAUUGAGCUUAUGAGAAGCUACGACGCAUUUAUUGUUACGGAUGUUCCCGGAAUGACACAUCAACAACGUGAUCUCGCUCGUCGUUUUAUCACAUUCAUCGAUGCCGUCUAUGAAUCUCGUGCCAAGCUGGUCUUGACGACUGCAGUGCCAUUGACACAAUUAUUUCUGUCGAAAGAAGAAAUUCAAGAGAGCAUGAAGAAGGAAGUGGAGGAUAAGAAAGGACAAAAAGAAGUUAAUGAAGGAGAAGAACUGAAUGAUGCAAUGAGAAUGAUGAUGGAUGAUUUGGGUAUGAAUAUGAAUAUGUUGAAGAAUACUAGCAUGUUUAGUGGUGAUGAAGAAAGAUUCGCUUUUGCGAGAGCGCUGAGUCGAUUGAGUGAGAUGGGGAGUCAGCAAUGGGUUGAAAGGGGUAUGGGGUUAGAGAAAGAUGGGGGGAAGAAGGAGAAGGAGGGUUGGCAAAAGGUUAGGAGUAAGAGGUUGGAGGAUAGUAUGUAGGGAGAGUGAGUGUUUGGAGAGGCGUAGAAGCUGAAGACGUUGUUGUUGUUGUUGUUGCGCGAGAUACCAAUGAUUUGCUGCUCAGACGAUGAUAAGAGGAGUGGGUAGAUAAGAUCUAUAGUUGGAUACUUGGAUACUUGGAGAAAGAGAGAGAGAGAUUUGUCAUCUUUUCUUUGGAAUACCAAGAUAGAUAGUAUAUACACGCGCAACAGAUCGAUCGAUAUAUACCCAAAUGCUAAAUCAGUUCAAGCGUACUAGUAACACUUGUGAUGGUGAGCGAGGUGAGAGAGUAACUACUAGGUAUCUAAUGAAAUGAAUAACCGAGCUCAUUAAAUGGAAGGGAUAUGUAUCAUUUUUGAAUCCCCCCCCCCCUUUUUUUUGGUUU